CGGCUCAUGUACAUACUCGCUCGUGUGACCUGAACCAUCUCGAAGCUUUCAUGAGAAUCACAGACAGCUAACUGCACGAGGACAACCAUUCACGCACACACACCUAUAAUCUCUGCAUCUGUUCCGUGGAUCAUAAUGGCUGGUGACUAUGGUUCAACACGAGUGACAAAGGCUCCAAGAGGGUCGAUGAAGCGGAACGAUUCGGCUGGAGGCUUCCGAUCUACAUACUCCCACCAGGCGCCCUCCGGUAACCCCCUCUAUGGCAGCGAAUCCGACGAUGACGAGAGCAAUCUCAGCUCUUCUCCUCGAUCUCCGCUCUUGGCAAACAAGCGAGCCAGCAUCUCUCAGUCCUCCGAUCGACCUCGACGACCGAGUUUACCUGCACAUAUGCAUCAAUCCCACAGUCAAUCUCAGAACGAGCGUUACGACGCCUACCGAUGGCUAUCCAACACGGGUUCCGAGCCGGGUAUAGACGUCAGGCAGGAUCCUGGCCGGUAUGCUGAACUCGACGACGAAGUGGGAGUGACCGUGGUCGACUAUGCUACGGAUGGGACCGCUUCGAGGGUUGAUCUACCCGGAUCCAAGUUGGAAACCUGGCUAAACUCGCAAGAUGGCAAGAGGCCGGUGUCGCCUGCUCCUCAAACACCAGGUCUGGACGAGAAGAAGGCAAAUGACCGGCCGAGGAAGAGCGUCAGAUGGAUCAAUCUCGAUGGUAUCAAUUUUGAGACGAUCAAGGUGCUGGCUCUGAAGUACAAUCUACAUCCUCUUGCCAUCGAAGACGCUCUGAGAGCGAACAACAACCCGAGAAGCAAGAUCGACUUCUACGCGGAACACCUCUAUACUCAGAUUCUUGUACAGUACAUCCGAGCGGAGGAUGAAGAGGAGAUCAAGGAGGCCGUCAACCUUCCUGCUAAACGACCCUUCGAGCUGGGCUCGCACGCAACCUAUGGGCGAGGUCGCAGCCAGAAUAUGGAAGAGGAAGAUUUGGAAGCUUCUGGUAACAAACAUAAACAGAGCUGGGCUGGAAGAUUAUUCAGCCGGGCAAAGCGAGCGAACAAGAUACACGUGCUCCCAGAGGGAGUCGAGGGUGUCUUUGAACCGCUGCAGAACCAAGGGAUCGGACACGGACCGAUGGCAAUGAUGGGACCUGCUCAUCGAAGUACCGUUGACGAAUUGUCGGCCAAAUAUAUGGUGCCCAUCCGCCGAACCGUUUACAGCUGCUUCAUGUUACGUGAUGGUACGCUCAUCACCAUGUCGGCGACCCCUUAUGCGGGAAUACUGGAUCCAAUUUACCUUCGAUUGGAGAAUCCUGAUGGUAUACUCAGGAAAACAAGCGAUUCAUCGAUGCUGCUCGAGGCAUUACUCGAUAUUGUUGUCGAUAUCGCAAUCGAAAUCUCACAGGCGUUCGAGGCCGAAAUUCUGAAAAUCGAAGCGGGAUGUCUCAUUCGGCCCGAGAUGGGGGCUGUCCGCCACCUGCACGUGAUCUCGUCUCAGCUCACAAGGUUGAAGCGGACACUCUCACCACUGUCGAGGGUGCUGUACACGCUGCGGAAUCGGGACCAGGAGCGAGCGCUGGCAAGUUUGCUUUACGGCGCCAAAUCGUCCGGGACGAUACAUCAGUUGAACCAUGAUCAUGGACAUCAUUCCGGGGUUGGCCAUAUGACGGAGAAGACCGGGCUCGAUACACCGGGUGGAGAAGUCCGCGAAUCGCUCUGGUCUGCUGAAGACAGUGCAGGAUACAUCUCGAGAAUAACCAAGAUAUAUUUGAGUGAUGUCAUCGACCACCUCGAUACCGUGCUAAACGCGAUUGACCAAUUCACCGUGACGACUGAUCAUCUGACGUCUUUCGUCUUCAACCUAAUGAGUUUCGAUUCGAAUUCGUCUAUGGAGCGUCUCUCUCUUGUCACGGUCAUCUUCAUGCCGGCGACCUUCAUGACAGGCUACUGGGGGAUGAACAUUGAGAUCGAGCGCUUCACGAGUAUGCCUUAUGACGACUACGGGUUCUGGUUGGUCGCGAUCCCGGUGUUGAGCUUUUUCUUCAUCGUGUUCUGUCAUCAAUGGAUUUGGAAUACCAUCAACGUAGGAAGGAGAUUAUGGGCGCAACGGAAGCGGGAGGAAGCGGUCUACAUGUCCCGAAAGCAUCAGUGAAGCAAGAUCGGUCGCAGUAGGCAGCAAGAUUCUGUAUCUACGUCACGCAGGUAUCAUAUGACAUGGUGCGCCCUCGUUUCCUGAACGGCCCAGUCGAU